AAUAUAUAUUUUUUUUUUCAAAACCAUGUGAACUUUAUACAAACUAUGAAAUUAAAAGGUUUAGACCAAACCUGCCUUCCAGAAGAAUAAAUGAUGCAUCAUUUUUUGUCGAAACAAUAAACUCCCAUAAAGACACUAGAGAUGUUGUUUUAAAUUUAGAUCAGGCUUUUGCCAAUUUAAAAACCAUGUCUUAUGGCACGAUAAUAUCCUUUCAAGGAAAGUUACACAACAAAAAGUUAGUCAGGCCUAAUAGUUCAAGGACCCAGUCGACAAACGUUGCUGGAUUUGGAACACCCGGCCUAGACACUCAUGUAUUGGAAUUUAAUUGUAAAGAUGGGCAACAAUUUAUUCUGUACUUGAAUAAUUGGGAAAGAAAUGCGAAGCCGUUAGGCUUAAUACCGGAAAUGGAAAUAUUAGUUAGAGAUGUUGCUGUUCAAAGCAACCGUUAUUACAAAUCGACUGUAUUUACUGAUUUUGAAGUAAAAGACUAUGGCCGAAACGUAAUAUUGAACUCAGUUCACUUGGACCCACAGGAAAACAUGCCUUCUAGAAAAAUAAAUGAUGCAUCAUUUUUUGUUGAAACAAUAAACUCCCUUAAAGACAGUAGAGAUGUUGUUUUAAAUUCAGAUCAGGCUACUGCCAAUUUAAAAGAAGAAAAGUCUCAUUCUGAAGGCAUAAGCGCCAGCAAAGAAAACAGUUCUAAUUCCAAAAACAGAAAAACUGAUUGUGGUUCAGGCACAAGAUUUGCAGAGGUGUUAGAUAUGCUGCAGUCCAUCAGUUCUAGCAAAGUUAGAAGAAAAGAAAAAAAUUCAACACCUUUGAAUUCUGAAAACUAUAAUAGUCAUGAGUUAAAAGCCAAAUCUUAUGGCACGAUAAUACCCUUUCAAGAAAAGUUACAUAACAAAAAAUUAGUCAGGCCUAAUAGUUCAACGACCCAGUCGGCAAACAUUGCUGGAUUUAGAACAUCCAGCCUAUUCACUCAUGUAUUGGUAUUUAAUUGUAAAGAUGAGCAAGAAUUUAAUGUGUACUUAAAUUACUGGGACAGAAAUUCGGAUCCGUUAAGCUUAAUACCGGAAAUAAAAACAUUAGUCAGAGAUGUUGCUGUUCAAAGCAACCGUUAUUACAAAUCGACUGCAUUAACUGAUUUUGAAGUAAAAGUCGAUGGCCGAAACAUAAUAUUGAUCCCGGUUAACUUGCCCCCACAGGAAAACAUAAAGAUAGGAAUUGACAGGCCUACUUUUCUUGGAUAUGGACAUAAGCUGCCCGAAAGGAUUACAAUUUUCGCCAGAUUUUCUGAAAUUGAAAUACGCUCGCUACGAAUUAAGAUUUCGUGUUCAAACUGUUUAACGAUUUAUUGUUCUUGUGGAAAUGCCGACAUUACAGUAAAUCUAAUGUGCUUCGUUUUUGACGGAUUCGGAAAAGCAGUUCUGAUUGCUAAUGAUUUAGAAUUUCUGAGGUUGGUUCUACAUAUUUCACAGUAUAGUUGGAAUAGUUGGUGUAAAGGUUUUAAGCUGUAUGGUCCUUUCAAUUAUAAUGGACAGUGUUCUCCAGAAGAAACGGGUGUUCAUGACAGGGACAUGUUUGCAAAAAAAUUGUAUACAUUGAUAACUAUCAUUAAUCGUGGUGUAACGAAUUCAUAUUCAAUAAAUGUGAAGUGUAGGAAAAUCGUGAGAAAGCAUGAUCCUCAGCAUGAAUAUUUGCCAAUGUUUUAUUGCUUGAAAGCAAGAAGAAGUUCCAGACAUCAAUAGAUAUUUUUUUUUAUUUUUACAUAAUUACUUAAGUUUAUUUUGACAAGUUUCUUUAUUAACAGGCGAAUUAUAUGACCGAAUUAGGUUUUUUCUUUGAAAUAAAUAUUUCUUCGAUCUUGUGAA